UACGUCGUCACUUCCUGCCGAUACCGGUGUGGACGGUGUGAAUCGUGGCUGGGCCGGUGCUCUGCUUCUCCCCAUCCCCUACUUUCCUCCCUCCCUCCCUUUCCCUCCCUCAUCGACUGUUGCUUGCUGGUAGCAGACUCCCUGACCCCUCCCUCACCCCUUCCUAACCUCGGUGCCACCGGAUUGCCCUUCUUUUCCUGUUGCCCAGCCCAGCCCUAGUAUCAGGGCGGGGGCCUGGAGGAGCCCGAGGCGCUGCAGCAGAAGAGAGAAAAGACAACGACGACCCUCAGCUCGCCAGUCCGGUCGCUGGGUUCGCCGCCGCCAUGGCAAUGAGACAGACGCCGCUCACCUGCUCUGGCCACACGCGUCCCGUGGUUGAUUUGGCCUUCAGUGGCAUCACGCCUUAUGGGUAUUUCUUAAUCAGCGCUUGCAAAGGAGCUGGACAGCACUUGCCUAGACUCUCGGGACAACACUAUGGUAAACCUAUGCUACGCCAGGGAGAUACAGGAGACUGGAUUGGAACAUUUUUGGGUCAUAAAGGUGCUGUUUGGGGUGCAACACUGAAUAAGGAUGCCACCAAAGCAGCUACAGCAGCUGCAGAUUUCACAGCCAAAGUGUGGGAUGCUGUCUCAGGAGAUGAAUUGAUGACCCUGGCUCAUAAACACAUUGUCAAGACUGUGGAUUUCACGCAGGAUAGUAAUUAUUUGUUAACCGGGGGACAGGAUAAACUGUUACGCAUAUAUGACUUGAACAAACCCGAAGCCGAACCUAAGGAAAUUAGUGGUCACACUUCUGGUAUAAAAAAAGCUCUAUGGUGCAGUGAGGAUAAACAGAUUCUUUCUGCUGAUGACAAAACUGUUCGACUUUGGGAUCAUGCUACCAUGACAGAAGUAAAAUCUCUAAAUUUUAAUAUGUCUGUUAGUAGUAUGGAAUAUAUUCCUGAGGGAGAGAUUUUGGUUAUAACUUAUGGACGAUCUAUUGCUUUUCAUAGUGCAGUAAGUUUGGACCCAAUUAAAUCCUUUGAAGCUCCUGCAACCAUAAAUUCUGCAUCUCUUCAUCCUGAGAAAGAAUUUCUUGUUGCAGGUGGUGAAGAUUUUAAACUUUAUAAGUAUGAUUAUAAUAGUGGAGAAGAAUUAGAAUCCUACAAGGGACACUUCGGUCCUAUUCACUGUGUAAGAUUUAGUCCUGAUGGAGAACUCUAUGCCAGUGGUUCAGAAGAUGGAACAUUGAGACUAUGGCAAACUGUGGUAGGAAAGACGUAUGGCCUUUGGAAAUGCGUGCUUCCUGAAGAAGAUAGUGGUGAGCUGGCAAAGCCAAAGAUUGGUUUUCCAGAGACAACAGAAGAGGAGAUAGAAGAAAUUGCUUCAGAGAAUUCAGAUUGCAUCUAUCCUUCAGCUCCUGAUGUUAAGGCCUGAGCGUCAAUCAUAUGCCACAGUUAGUAUACAACUGACUAAAACGAGCAAGCAGAGAAAAGCAUCAGCCUUCCAGAGUUACUCUCUGCUUAAGGCAGAAACAGCAGUAAAUAAUGAGGAAAAUGAAUUAUCUCCAGUGCUGGAACAACUAACUAACUUGGUGUUACCUGUAAGUGAAAACUCAGGAGUGUCAGAUAAAGGGAGGUGGAGUUAUCCUCUUAUAGUACAGUGGCCUGUUAUCUUUUUAAUGAAUAUAUACAAGCCAAUAUCCAAUUUCUAUUAUUACAAUUAGGGUUCUUGUAGCCGUUUAUGUUAUUAUGGAGAAGAAAAAUAUAUUGGCUUAUUUUUCUGAUCUUUUUCCUUAAAGCAGAAUGCCCUUUUUUUUUUUUUUUUUGCUUCAGUUGUAAAGAAGAGGGAGUACAUGAUAAAGUAACUGGUUUGAUUUCUCUUUCAUUGUAUACUGCUUCUGAACAUCUAAUUGUUUUUAGUUGUCUAAAUAAAAUGCCUCUAAAACAAAACAA